UCAUUCAAUUAAUCGGUGGGGAAAAACUAUAAAACUCCAUCCACUUUAGGCGUCCUAGUGCCGUUGGUCAUACGAGGUAUUUAUUUCUUUAAUCGCAAUGGCCGAGAAAGACAAGAAAAGCCGCUUUAACGAGCCACUAACUCACGAAACUGAGAAUCGAACUUUUGCACAACUGCAUGACUACCACUCUUCUAAUCUACACCCUCAACAAGAAGCCUUUGUUAUCUACGAUGAAGAAGGAAAGCGCCGAUCUUACACUUUCCAAGACGUCAAGGAACAAUCGCUUAAGAUCGCGGCUAUACUGCUGCAGAUUGGAAUAGACAAAGGCCAAUCUGUUGCUUUCAUGGUGCCCAAUCGCAUCGAGUUCAUCUUGUGUUACUUGGCUCUUAAUAGGAUCGGUGCAAAUACGAUUUUGAUUCCAGCCCAUGGAAAAACCGGGGAAGACGUCAUAGCAAUUCUGCAGCGGUACAAGUGCCAGGCACUUCUGUUACAUCCAAGUGGGGACAACUUGUUCGACCAGCGCUUGACUGAAAAUGCUAAGACCGUUUUAGGAGAAGAUAGAACCAUUCUUAUCGGAGAAGAAGAUGUUGGUCAAGAUCCUUCCAUUGAAGUCAAAUAUCGCUUAAAUGACCUCCUUAAAACUUCACAGGAAAUCAAUUUGGACGAAGUUUACAAGCGACAAGAAGCAAUCCAUCCUGAUGAACCUUUUGUGUGUCUCUUUACAUCGGGAAGCACUGGUGUUCCCAAGGCCAUUCAGUACACUCAUCGGGCUAUGGUUAACCUGUGUAUUCUAUUCGCAAAGCAUUAUCUUGGAUGUAGCAGCAGUCCCCAUCCAGUAGAGAAUCCGUGUAGAUUUUUCAACGACAGACCGUUUAGCUGGGCUGGCUGUUUGUUCAUCGGUAUUCAUAAUGUUUUCGCCAUGGGAUUUACCCUUGUUUAUUGUCCUCCAACAAGAUCAGUUUGCAGUUCUGAUCCCGAGUUUUUUAUUAGAAUUUUGCAAGACGAGAAGUGUUCUGGUGCUCUUCUGCUGCCUUACUUGAUGCACGAUCUGAUCGCUAAUCCCUCCACUGAAAAAUUUAAUUUGUCGCACCUAAAACACGUGAUUACUGGCGGUCAGGUUAUUUCCAAGUCUCUUCUCGCCAAUAUGAUGUCUGUUCUUCCCAACUGUGCCAUCAUAAACUUGUAUGCAAUGACAGAGAUAUUUCCUAUCGCAGCCAAGACCAUUAGAUCCGAUGACGAUGUGUUGUCUAAAGCAGGAAUGAGGGUCUGUUCACCAGCAGAAGUCAAAAUCAUUAAUGAUAACAAAGAGGACGUUGGCUUUGAAGAAAUGGGUGAGAUUUGUGUCCGUUACCCGUAUCGUUUCCGCGAAUAUCUCGAAGAUCCUAAGGCAACGUCAAUACGAGUGGAUCCAAGGGGAUGGUUUCACACAGAUGACGUAGGCUAUAUUGACCAUCAUGGCGGGCUCCAUGCUUGCGGCCGAAUGAGUGAAGUGAUCUCUAAAAUGACCAUCAAUAUCUACCCCAUUGAAGUCGAGAUGGUGCUGUCAACCUACCCUGAUGUCAAGGCAGUUGCUGUCAUUGGCGUGCCCGAUGAGCGCGAAGGAGAGGAGAUUUGCGCAUGCGUGAUUCCAAAGCCAGGGAGCCGCUUGGAGUCGAGUGUAACCGAGUUUGAAGAAUGGUCAUCACAACAAUGGAAGACUGAUGAAACUGGAGCAACGCGAAAACAAAGGUAUACAUUGGUUCUGGAAGCAUUUCCUUUGAAGAACACAGGUAAAACUGACCGUAAAGCCCUCAAAGCUCUUGCUCUACAAAAACUUGGAAUGUGCAAAUAGGAACUAUGACAGCUAUAGCUGAGACCUUGCUUCUAAUGCGUACUGGCACAUGCAAUACGACUCACACGUAGUUGUAUACUAACUGUACUUACUUCACUCACUUGGGAUAUUGUAAUCGAAGUCUUGAUUUGAUUAGUUUUUCUAUAUCUCUAUCAUUUUUUAAUUCUAUAUUUUGUUACUUUUAUUAUAUCUAAUAGUUCAGAAAUAAAGCAAUAAAGCACCUCGGUAUUAUAGCAACAAAGCGAAGUUUCUGUUCGUAACAUGUGACACAGGAGAAAUGGCAUUAAAUAGAAAAUCGAAUAUUUUAUAAGGAUCUGAAUAGAAUAAUGCGUAGGACUGGCAAGCAACUUUGCCUUUUUACUAUAAUAUCGAGGUGCUUUUUUCGUUUCUGGUCUUCA